AUGGAGACCUACACCAACCUCAACCGUCUGAUCGGCCAGAUCGUCUCCUCCAUCACAGCAUCCCUCCGCUUCGACGGUGCCCUGAACGUGGAUCUGACCGAGUUCCAGACCAACUUGGUGCCGUACCCGCGCAUCCACUUCCCCCUGGCCACCUACGCUCCCGUCAUCUCGGCAGAGAAGGCCUACCACGAGCAGCUGACGGUUGCAGAGAUCACCAACGCCUGCUUCGAGCCGGCCAACCAGAUGGUGAAGUGCGACCCUCGUCACGGCAAGUACAUGGCCUGCUGCCUGCUGUACCGUGGAGACGUGGUGCCUAAAGACGUCAACGCCGCCAUCGCCACCAUCAAGACCAAGCGCACCAUCCAGUUUGUCGACUGGUGCCCCACAGGCUUCAAGAUCGGCAUCAACUACCAGCCUCCCACCGUGGUGCCCGGCGGAGACCUGGCCAAGGUGCAGCGUGCCGUGUGCAUGUUGAGCAACACCACCGCCAUCGCUGAGGCCUGGGCCCGCCUGGACCACAAGUUCGAUCUGAUGUACGCCAAGCGCGCCUUCGUGCACUGGUACGUGGGUGAGGGGAUGGAGGAGGGAGAGUUCUCCGAGGCACGCGAAGAUCUGGCUGCGCUGGAGAAGGACUACGAGGAGGUUGGCGUCGACUCCAUUGAUGACCAAUGCGAGGAGGAAGGGGAGGAGUAUUAGAUACUGCAAAACCCUUCAAGAGCCCUCAUGCGACACAUAUAUAACACACAGUGUCACAUGAUUAUGCAAAUCUUACAACUAAAAGGAAACACACAAGAGAUGGAAUGCAAUAA